AUGGCGGACAAUCGCUCAGAAAGAGCAGAUUUCGACAUUUUAACUCGAAAACCUACAUUCCUUUGAAGMUAAAGUUGCCUAAUUUCAAUGGCGAAUGAAAACAUAGGUGUUUUUCGAAAGUUAAACAACCAUUCAAUACCAUGGCAUGAAAAGAUCAAAGUGGCACAGCGUGCAUGGGAUAGUGAUCAAUGUAUUAUUCCAAACAAGCAGCAAGUGUUACUUGACUGGGUUUUGCAACAGUUGGUUGACAUUUAUAAGAAAAACAAAAGUAAAGAUGCUAUAAAAGAUCUUUGGGAGUACCUUGUCCAUAUUCUGUCAAGUUUAGAUUCUAAAACCGAUCAUAAAAAGACAWCAUUUGCAUUGAUGCCYCAAAUUUUGCAGGUUUUCAUUGAAGUGUUUACAUCUACUGAUUUUGAAACAAGUGAUGUCAGUUUGAAAGUUCUUCAUUGUGGUCAGAUAAUCCUAUCUAACCCUGAACUAAAUUUGACCUUGUUAGCAAAAUUUGAAAAUUAUCUAUUGUAUUUAUCAUCUCUGCUAAAAACCUUUUCAACCUUAAAUGGAGACAAAAUUACUAAUAAAGCAAUCCACAAAGAAGCUUUUUGCCUCCUUGAAAUCUCACUAAACCUGUACAUUCCUCUACAAAGAAGACAGACUAAUCAUAAAAAGCUUUUUGAAAAAGCUUGUCAGCAUCUCCUAGUGCCUAUAGUUUCUGUGUGGAASUGUUUGAUGGGAAGUGAGCAAACAGAAGACAGAAUCAAUGGAUUUGUGAAUCUUCUGCAACAGGCAUUGUCAGAUGCUAUAUUUAGAAAAGAGCAUCUAUCAGAAUAUGCUUCAUCACUGAAAGCCUUGAACAUACAACAGUCUAGCAAYGAUGCCGAUUGCCAAGAACCAAAGCCUAAGAAAGCGAAAAUUGGAAAUUACACAAAAGAACUUUUUGAGACACUGAGAAAUCAAUGCUCACAAGUUAAAGAUGACAAUGACAAAAACAUCAUGAACUUCAUUCCUCAAUUGUUUAUUGAAUUCCUGAAAUCUAGAAGAUGCAAUAACCUCAGCUCUUCGUCGCUUGAAUUUGAAUUCUUCACAGAGAUGUGCUCCCUUUUGGGUGUUARGYUCAGUGAGGAAGAAGAKUCUCCUUUGUUAUCUUACCGUGUUAUUGGACUUGUCUACACAUUGCUAAACACACUGCUUUCAUAUGAUGUAUAUCAGGUAGCAGAAGACAAUUCUAAUGGUGAAAUACAGUUCAACUGGUUUACUGGUUUUAUUACAAUAUUGCUUAAAAUGCAGUCAAGCAAUGAAGUGUUUGAGUGUCUUCAAGUUCUUCUUCAACUAAACCAUUAUAUCAUUGAACCAUAUUUAACUACUGUUCUGCAAAUCAGCUGGAGAAAUGACUGUCAGGAAGGAAAAGAUGCUUCAGCAAGUGAUUUGUUCCUGUCUGCUUUAGUGAAGACUUACACCAAACUUCGCCAGUUUGAUAAGUUUGUUGGUCAGCUGCUUAAAUCACUACCUGGUGCAGCAGACAUCACAACUAAAUGGACUGGGCUUCCAAAGCACUUCCAAUAUGAAAUGGUGAAAGCAUGCCAAGUUCUUCCUUAUGGACUAGCUACAACAUUAUGGAAACUAUUCAAUCAAGAAAUCAUUGACAACUACUUGYCCACUUUACAAAUAYUGUCCCAAAGCAARGGAAAAGCCAACAACCAGGAAAAAGAGAAAGUAUUCUGCUUUGAGAGAGUUGUUGGACUUUACCAAACAUUUUUAGAGAACACAGCUCUUGGUAGAGUUGCAGAACAACACAAAACUGAGGCUAUUGUUACAAACKUGACAAAUUUGUGUCAAGACAUGGUUGAUAAUGUAAUUGGACCUGCUUUUGAAGUCCUCCCACACGUUGCAGAUAACAAGCUCCAUAAAUCAGUAUCAACCUCCGUUCUGGUCCUGUACCACACACUGCAAGAAAUGAAUACUUAUCUUGGGAAAUUUGGUCUGAUAUCUCAUGAUGAACAUUGUAAAAUAGCAACAGAUCAGUGGAAUAAGUACUUGUUGACACAUUUCAAUCACAAACAGAAAAGAAAAGGAAAGGAAAAGCUCAUUUUCGUUAAGGUUUUAAUUGCUAUUCAAAGASUACGUAGUUAUAUGAGAAGUGUUGUUUCGCCAGUUGAGGAGAAGGAAACUCAAAAACUGGUUGAUUUUCUGUUUCAUUGGCUUGAAGACUCUUUUCAUUGGACUAAUGAUUCCGCAUGGAAUUUACAGUUAUGGUCCAUAAACACUACGACAUUUGAUGCUGCGUAUUGGUUUACACUUUGCAGCUUUGCACCAAUUUUACUUACGAUUUGUACUGACAAACAACAACAACAGUUUACAUACUAUCUCAUCAAGACACUUUUGCAUCAAAACGUGGACAGURUCAGAAACCAUGGAAGUGACGUCACAUUACAAUUGUCAUCAAGAAUGCUUGUCUUCAGUGCUAGUUUUCAUCAAAUCCCUUCGAUGCAGCAAUGCUUUAUUGCCACUUUGUGGGCUGAAAUUUCAAAGCUUCUUAGUGAAUCCUCUUCAGAAAUUCAUAAAAAGUUAUGUAAAAUAAUGAUGUCAGCUGGAAUGGCAGAAAAUCAGAGUGACAACGCUGUUGAUGCUAGUGAAGACAGCAAUGAAAGCAGCAGCGAAGAUGAAAGUUCAUCAGAUGAAGAAAGCCAAGAACAGAUURCCAUCCAGAARGCAGAUAACAUUCCAUGUACAGUGUUGCCUCUAGUUCCAACUGGAAAAGUCCUGAUUGAUAUUUUAGAAAGCUUGUGUUCUGGUGAACAUCUUGAUGAAUUAGAUAGUGAAACAGCAAGCAAAAUUAGCGAGCACAUCACUCUUCUAACAUUUCUUCCCCUUGAUUGGUUAAGUGAUUGUGACCAUGUGGGGUGUUUCAUUGCACUGCUAGCUUGUGAUGCUUUAAGCUGUGGUAUACAGAACAGGGAGUUGAAUGAAGAGUCUCUCAGAGUAUCAUUUGUGAGCAAACGUUUGCUGACUGUUUUCCUUCAAGGCUGCAUUUCUAGGAAGAGAUACCUGAUACACCAUGUGGUUGACAUUGACUCUCUUCAUUUUUGGAUACUAAUGUCUUGUUUGAGGCUUAAAAGUACUAAGGUCAGUAGUCUGAGCGAAAAACUGCACAACAUAUCAAUAGACAUGCUUAUGGUCCUCAUGACGUUUGCUCUAAAGAUUGGCAAACCACUCGCACUGAUUGAUGGUUUCAUUCAAAAGCUUGUCUUAAAUCUGGAAUCAUUGACAACAAAAAUCAGAGACCAAUCUAAGAAAUCCAUCCAUAAAGCCUUGAAAAGGGAUCAUUCUCUUCUAGAAGUGGCUGGUGCUGUGAUGAAUGUCUUAGAAAAGGUGAUCUCUUGCAAGACUUCACGUCUGAAUGAGAUCAAAAUGRCAGUCCAUGUUUUCUCCAAGUGUGCUCCACCAAUUCUCAACCUACUUCAAACCAUGACAGCUGAAAACCGYAGUAAAAAGAGCCYUCUAGGAAAUGAUGYUAAAKCAAGCGUUGUUUUAGAAGAUAAUCAUGUACUUAUUGAUAUUUACACCGCUGUUUUGCAURUAUACAGCAUCUCACAAACAUCAAGAAAGUUUUCUCGGUCAAAAGAWGAAUUUCAAGUGUUGCCAUGGAGACCUCUUUUAGAUUGGAUUCUUUCCUUUGCCACUGAUUCUAUCAUUCAACCAAAAAAGACAUCAACGGACAGUAGUAGUAAUGAAGAAGAGCAGCAUUUAUUGAUUCUCCCRUCAAUGAAGUCUUCCCUCCACUUUCUCAACAUCAUCAUGUCAUCUCUGGACACUCUUCAAGUUGACGUUAAUGUUGGAUUCCACAAGAAUUUGUUGGACWCAGUUUUAAACUUGCUGCAUCAUCUUGACAUUAAUGAUGUUGAUWUGAACAAAACAGCCUUGAAUGUCAUCCUUUCAAUGCUUCAAGGAUGUUCAUCUGACAUGGCAGUCAAUCUUCUUAAAGAACUCAGUAAUGUACUUGCAUUGCAUUCAAAGUCAYCAAAACAGCUAYGGUCUUGUUUGCAAGUAUGGUUGWCUCUUCUGGCAGGGAAAUUCUUAAAWGUUCGAAAGAGAGAACUUCGCUCAGUGCUKCCYCAGAACCAAAUCUCAGCGAAAUACGAAGUCUUGUUUUAA